GCUCUUCCCCGCAGCCGCCAUCCCCGGCGCGGCCGGUGCAGCUCGGCUCGCAGCGAGACCCCCGCCGCCGCCGCCGCCGCCGCCCAUGCCCGGCCCCUCGCCGCCCGCCGCCCGCUAGCCGCUGCGCCCUCCAUGGCUCGGCCCGUGGCGCUGCUCUGCUGCUGCUCGGCGGCGGCGCUGCUGGCUGCCUGCUGGGGCUCCUCCGCCGCCCCCGCCAGCCCCGCCGCCGGCGCCCCGCUGCACGACGAGGCGGACAACCAGGAGAACAUCCUCUCGCAGGUACGAGGAGGGAGGCUUAAGCCCACUGCCCGUCGCCGGGUGCAGCUCCGGGGCAGGAGGAGGUGCUCGGCGUGGGCGCACUCCGGCGCGGAGCCCGGGCAGCCCGGGGGCGAUCCAGCCGCGGCCGUGCAGACGCCGAUGCGCCGCCACUCGCCCCCUUGCCGGCUCGGGAUGCGGCUGCUGGGUCUGCUGGAGGCCGUCUGUUUCCCGCUCCUGAAGGAGACCGGGGUGCGUCCGACGGAGCCGGGAUCCGGCUGGGGAGGAAGAAGGUGCCGGAACGAGGAGGCGAGCGCCUUCCCUCUGCGCCCUCUCAUCCCCCUGCCGGGCGCUCGGAAGGGAUCCCGGGCAGGGCGAGGGGCUCUCCGGACGCGGGCCCGAGCGGGGUGCCGGCUACAGGCACGGCCCGGGGGCGGGGAGGGGGGAGGCUUCCCAGUUCCCAGGCGCGGAUUUGCUUAGGACUUCAGGAAGCUUAUGUUUUCUCUGAAAAACAGGUCUCUUUGAGGCAAGUUCCACCGAAUGCCUGAGGUUUGCUUCCAAAUCAAGGUGUGUUGUGCUGUAUUGAGAGCUGGAUAAAGAUAAAUUUAAAAAUGAAAUAAAUGCGUGCAGUAUUCAGGUGCUGGUUCCAAGGGCAUGGAAAUCAUUAUUUAGCAUCCUGGAGACUUGCUGCAAGUUAGUUUAGCCUGCAAACCAGUUCAGAUUAGAGCCAUUAUUUUUCCAAAGAAGGAUGUAUGUGGAUUUUUCAUUUGGGUGCCUGUCCCUUUGAGAAAUAAAUAUGCUUCAUAUUUUUGAAGGCUGAACUGUGACACAGUUGAGCUGAAGCUUUUGGGUCUGCAGCUCAAUCAAAAACAUCUUUACUUUGAACUCCGUGGAAUUUGCUUCUAUGGGACUUAUUCCAAAGAGAAUGUGCUUAAGAUGGUGCAGUGAUUCAUAGCCUUAACAUAAACAGGUUGUGUUAAAGAAACUCUCUUCAAAGGUAUCUUUCCACUGCUUCCCUUGAUGGGAUCUCUGCACAUGUGUGCACCAUGUUGAGACUGCAGUGUUACACCCUAUGGGCUGUGAACUUCCUUAAUUUUCAUCUGUACUAACGUCUUGGAACAGAAGCACAGUCUGAUGUGGAUCUCAUCUGCUUCAACUUGCUUCCUAGGCUGCUUCCACACCCACCCACCCAAUGUUGUUGUCAUCAAAAUUCCAGUACUUCCCCGCCUUGUCUUUUUUACAUUUGAUGCAGUUUUCUCUUACUGUGGAAAAUCUGUAAAGCUCAAAAUAGCCUACUAUACAUCUGAAGUCACAGAUGGUAUAAAAGUUCUUUAGCACUUAUUUCUUCUUUUAUUUUAUUUUUUUGGCAAGUGGGUUGUUAACAGGUAGUUGUUAACAUUGCCAUCAUCAUUGUUAAGUUGUGGGUGAACAUAUCAUACGACACAGCGAUUCUUCAAACAGCUCUUGUUUAUUCACAGGCCAGAACAGAACAGAACUGAAGGGUUCAGUCAGCCUGCUUAUAUAGAGCUCCAGUACAACGUAACCGUAACAAUUUUCUAAAACUAUCCAAUCACUGAACGUCACUUUCGAUCCCUUAUUUGCAUAACUAUCUACAGAGCCUAGGACUUGCCGAUCAGAAGGUCGGCGGUUCAAAUCCCCACGACAGGCUGAGCUCCCGUUUUUCGGUCCCUGCUCCUGCCCACCUAGCAGUUUGAAAGCACAUCAAAGUGCAAGUAGAUAAAUAUGUACCGCUCCGUCGGGAAGGUAAACGGCGUUUCCAUGCGCUGCUCUGGUUCGCCAGAAGCGGCUUAGUCAUGCUGGCCACAUGACCCGGAAGCUGUACGCUGGCUCCCUCGGCCAAUAAAGCGAGAUGAGCGCCACAACCCCAGAGUUGGUCACAACUGGACCUAAUGGUCAGGGGUCCCCUUUACCUUUAUCUACAGUAUGCCCCUGCUGGCCCAGGGUGAGAACUUCAGUACAUAACAAUCAUCAUCUUUGCUUUUAAAUUGUUUUAUUGUGCAUUUUCAUUCAGGUUGUUUUUAAUGACAUUGUGUAUUUUUUUAAUACUGUUUUUAUUUAUUUUCAAGGUACAGAAGAUAAUUUUUGAGAAAAUAAUUGUUACAACAGUAAAAAAACAAAUAACUUGUCCUGAUAAAAUUACAGACUUGCCGUGUGGUAAAGUUUCAUUUGAUUACUUUAAGAGAUCACGCCACAUUUUCCCACGAGUGCUGGGUGGAUUCCUGCCACAGUCUGAGCAAUUUGUAUUCAAUAAACAUUUGCCAUAUGUUAUAAAAGGAAUAUGGAUUGUGUUUGCCCUUUGCCGCUCUCACCUGGCAUGUUAGUUUCUCAGCCAGUGCUAUUGACCAUACUCUGUUAUACCAAGAAUCAAUGUUCAGCCCAACACUGGUUUUCCAACAGCUGGCCAUCUCCAUAUGGGCAGCAGUACAUAGAAAGGUUAAGAGGUCAUCUUUAGGAUACUCGUGAGCAGACAGGAUCCUAAGCCAAGCAGUGCUAGUGCAGGGGACAUUUCAGUUGUUUUGUUCUGUAUCAAGCUUUUUUCUUUGAAGACAGCAUUCCAGAAGGGUUUGAUGAUGUUGUAUCAUCACCACCACAUAUGGAAAUACAUCUCCUCCAACUAUUGGGAUUAACUUCCUUACAUAUUCAGGAUAGCCUCAGCGGUGUAUAAUGCCACCUAUGCAGAAGUUUUAAUGAGGCUUCCCUUAUUUUGGCAGAAAUUGAUUCCAGUGGUCUCCCAGACCACAAAGCCAUCCCUUUUUCAUUUGGUAUUUGCACAUCUAUGUCCAUUUUCCAUGGCAUUUUUGUGAACAAUAGAUUGCCAUAUUCUAGUAUUAUUCGAGCUUUAUAAAUUGAGGAAGCUGUGCCCUUAGACAGUGGAGAGAGGUUAAUGCUCUACUGCUGUUAGUUUCCUGUUUGCUUGAGUGGAAAUGUCUGGGUUAUACAGGAAUCUUAACAGCUGGUUGAAGUGGUACCAUGACCAUUUAAGGUUUGGUAUGGCAGCUAUGAAUUGUUCUUUUUGUGGCGGGGGGGGGGGUUUACUGUUUGCAUAGAAAUCUUUUAAUUUAUAAAGACCCACCUGUUCCAAACCAUUCCAAUCUAAACAUUGCCCUGGAUGAAAGCGAAGAGGGAUAAGGGGAGAUAUUGGGGGAGCUAGUUUUUUAAACUUUGCUUUCCACACAUUUAUUGUGGUUCAGAGGAAAGCGUUCACAAUAGCAUGUGUUUUAGUGAGUGCAGAGGGUAGAAAAGGAUAUGCUCUAUAUACAGGACCUGAAAUUUCUAUAUCUACCUGUGGUUUACCUUUCUGUGGAUCAGUGACAUCAAAUACUUUAAUUAGAAGGCAUUGUAAUGAGUUUGGAGAUGUGGGAUUCUGAGACCACCAUUUUUGACACUUCCAUAUAUAUUUCUGGAGCCUAGUCAUGCUUCCCCCCCCUUUUGUGAAUAAAUUUGUUUAUUGAGCACUGCCAAUUUUUAAAUUGUUUGGGUGUAAUCAUAACUGGCAGCACUUGAAAGAGAAACAAAAAUUUCGGCAGGAUAGCCAUCUUUACUGCAGUGAUGCAGCCUGACCAGGAUAAACGUGGGUCUUCAAGACAUUGUCAUAACUGUAGGAAUACUGGUGUGAAGUUUGUUUUCUUUAGAGCUGAUAGAGCUUUCUGAUUUUGAAUGAUGGUCAGGCGAAGGAAUGCCUAUAUACAUUAUUUCUUACUUGGAUUCAUUGAAUCAUAGAAUUGGAUGGGACCCCAAGGGUCAUCUAGUUCAACCCCCUGCAAUGCAGGAAUUUCAGCGACAGCAUCCAUGACACAUGGCCAUCCAACCUCUGCUGGAAAACCUCCAAGGAAGGGGAGUCCACCCUCCUCUCGUGGGAGUCUGUUCCACUGCCAAACAUCUCUUACUGUUAGAAAGUUUUUUCCGAAUGUUUAGUUGGAAUCUCCAUUGGUUCGAGACCUACCCUCCAGAACAGGAGAAAACAAGCUUGUUCCCUCUUCCAUGUGACAGCCCUUAGGAUGUUUCCAGAUGGCUAUCAUAUUUCCUCUCACUCUCCUCUUUUCCAGGCUAAACAUACCCAGCCCCUUCAACCGUUCCUUGUAAGGCUUAAUUUCCAGACCCUCGAUCAUCUUGGUCACCCUCCUCUGCACAAGUUCCAGCUUGUCAACAUCCUUCUUAAAUUGUGGUGCCCAGAAUUGGACACGGUAUUGCAGGUGUGGUUUGACCAAGGCAGAAUAGAGUGGUACUAUUACUUCCCUUGAUCUGGACACUAGACUUCUGUUGUUGCAGCCUAGAAUAGUAUUUGCCUUUUUUGCUGCUGCAUCACAUUGUUGACUCGUGUUAAUCUUAUGGUCCACCAAGACCCCUAGAUCCUUUUCACAUGUACUGCUAGUAAACCAGGCGUUCCCCAUCCUAUAUUUGUGCAUCUGGUUCUUCCUGCCUAAGUGCAGAAGCUUACUAUUGAAAUACAUUUUGUUCGCUUGCGCCCAGUGCUCCAAUCUGUUAAGGUCAUUUACAUUUCUGAUUCUGUCUUCUGCAGCAUUAGCUACCCCUCCCAGUUUGGUGUCAUUUACAAAUUUGGUGAUCAUCCCCCCAAUUCCUUCAUCCAAGUCAUUUAUAAAGACGUUGAACCAAGGGGCCCAGUACAGAACCUUGUCACUUUUUUCCAGGAUGAUGAGGAACCGUUAAUGAGUACUCUUUGGGUUCAGUCAGUCAACCAGCUACAAAUCCACCUAACAGUUACCUUUUUCAACCCACAUUUUACCAGCUUCGUCAUGAGAAUAUCAUAGGGGUAACUUUUUGCUUUUGCUAUGAUGGAUAACAUUGAGUAGCCGGCAAAUUGGGUCACAGAUGUGUCUCUGGGGUAUGAAUACAGCUUGGUCCAUGGUGAUGUAGGAAAAAAUAAAUGCGUUGAGCCUUGCAGUAAAGAUUGCUGUAAAGAUUUUAGCAUCUUGAGUUAAAAGGCUUGUGUGGAAAUGGAUGUUGCCCCUCCCCCAAGCGCAGGCAUCCAUGAUAACUAGGAACCAAGUAUGGAGCUAGUGCAGUUCCUGCGAAUGUUUUAAGGUGCACAUGCACAGGAAAGGAAAUAUCUGCCCCCAUGCCCCCAAUGGGGAAAAGUAGUAGGGGGCAGGAAGGUAGGAACUGAGGGGGGAGGCACCAGAAAAGAUCACACAGAAACAUUCCACCAAGGACUGUGCACUGGCGUGGAUGGGAAGUAGUGGAAUACCUAAUAAAAUUGAAGACACAGAAAAACUGGGUCAGAAUGAACCAUUAGCAUCUGGAAGGACCCCUAGCAAGAUAGGUAGGUUUAGGAUUGUUGCAGUGGCGUAGCGUGGGGGGUGCAGGGGGGGCUGGCCGCACCGGGCGCAACAUCUGGGGGGGGCGCGCUCGCACUCGCAGCUCUCUGCCCCUACCUGGCUCACUCACUCUCUCUCACUGCAGUGCUGGCUGUGCGAAUCUGAUCCAAGCCGCUGGGUGGCCGCCCACUGUGGAGGGGUGGGUGCCAGGCGUGCGGUGCGGAGAGAGAGCGAGGGACUAUCUGGGGAGGGACAGUGCAGCGGCCGCCCAGCGCAGCGCUGAGCGCGGGAGAGAACCACACCAGACCAGACCAGGCAGCAGCAAGAAGAAGCUGGCAGCGGCGGCAGGUUAGGGGUUAGGGGGCGCAAAUUACUUGCCUUGCCCCGGGUGCUGACAACCCACGCUACGCCGCUGGAUUGUUGCCAUACAGCCCUUUCCCAGUAGGACUUUCUCCUGAGCAGAUAUUUCCAGGAUUGUGCUGCAAGAGUAGUUGUAUGUUUAUUCCUGUGGCAACAGCGGCACUUUCAGUCAGCUUUGUGUUGGUUUUCACCUGUGGCUAAAGUCAGCCAAAAGUGACAGCUGCUGCCAUAGGUUCCAACAGUUGUAAAAAUGAGCCAUAAAUUGGUAUGAACAGGAGCUCUUUAUGGCUCGACUGACUGUGCUUUCGGCUCUUUAUUAGAAACAGAAACAAUUAUUUUUACUUAGAUUAAAGUCUGCUUCUAAAUUAAUUUACUCUGUGGUUGAAUGAACUCAGGUCAUGGGUGUUACUAUAGUUUCCUUUUUACAAAAAAAGAUUGCUUUAUUUGCAUCAGAGAUGUGCCAAAUGCAAGCCCAGCCAAAUUUAAUACAAAAUGAAUACAUUGCCAGAAUAGUAUAGCUGGAUAACAAAGCAAGCAAAUUGGGCCUAUUUGAUUGGAUCAGCUUCCAUUGUUAAAGGAGCAAAGAAGCUUACAUUCUAUGUCAAGCAGAAUGAAAAAAAGGAAGAAACUGACCAACUAUAAAGAGGCUAAAUUUAGUUAUGGGUUGUUUUAAAAAAGGAGUGUUUUGAAAUGAUGGUGGCCUAAUUACUAAUUUUGAAACACACAAAUUGUGUUGAUAGAUGGGGAAUCUUAGCCUGCUUUGUGUUACAGCACAGAGUAGCUUUCACAUGCAGGAGUCCUCUUCCUGCCCUGCUGCUAGUGAGAUAAGGGCAAACUCAGAAAGGUACUGAUUUCACGUAUAAGGGAUAUGUAUUUUUGAUUUAAUUGAUUAUUUAGAAGAGCAUUAAGUUAUUUCUAAUAAGAUUUGGUUUGAAUUAUUAUUAGUGAAUAUCAAUAUACGUAUCAAGGCUUUGAGAUUAGACCACUGAAGAAGCUUGGAAAACUACCUUGGGAGUGUGCUACCUGCAAGCCCCACUAAAAGGGCCCCAUUGGGGGCGAACAGCAGCCUCUUGAUUACUUGGGCUGCCAGGGCGAAACAGGCGCAAAAUGCUGGCACCCUGUCUACAACCUUAUUAAUAUCCAUCUACAGCUUCACUACGGGACGCGGGUGGCGCUGUGGGUUAAACCACAGAGCCUAGGACUUGUUGAUCAGAAGGUCGGCGGUUCGAAUCCCCACGAUGGGGUGAGCUCCUGUUGCUCGGUCCCAGCUCCUGCCAACCUAGCAGUUCAAAAGCACGUCAAAGUGCAAGUAAAUAAAUAGGUACUGCUCUGGUGGGAAGGUAAACAGUGUUUCCGUGUUCUGCUCUGUUUCGCCAGAAGCGGCUUAGUAAUGCUGGCCACAUGACCUGGAAGCUGUACGCCUGCUCCCUCGGCCAAUAAAGCGAGAUGAGCGCUGCAACCCCAGAGUCAGUCAUGACUAGACCUAAUGGUCAGGGGUCCCUUUACCUUUACCUUUACAGCUUCACUAGCAUCUGCCGGUAUUGUGAACAACAUCAAGCUUACCUUUUGUUGGUAUCUUCAUGAACUUACCUAAAAAGAUAAAGAAAACAAAAGACUGAGUUAAGCACUUGGAAAAUCCAUUGAAAUCAGAUAUUAUAAGUUCAUCUUAGGUUGGGUAGUUCGCAAGUCUCUGUGGCUUUGAAUAAGGUUUUGUGUUUUUCUCAGAAGAUCGAUAGAGAAUGUAUAAUCAUUUUGGUAAUUAUUGUGUGUAUCUUAGUCGCCAACGUGUUGCAUGAGUCGUACUACUUCUAUCAGCUGCACAGAUUGCAUUUUUCUUGCUCAGUGGCACAACCUUUUUCAUCCAUCACUGCUGACUAGCAAUCUGGCUGGUGCUCGGCUUCAGAUGUCAUGCCGAAUCAUUGUUAAGGAAGGCUGAGUACGGCUGAGCGCAGGGGUGGCCAUCAUGUGAUCUCCAAAUGUACUGGACUGCAGCUCCCAUCAGCCUCACCCAGCACACCCAGGGGUCAGGGGUGACAGGAGUUGUAGUCCAGCAACAUCAGGGGAGGGAACCACAUUGACUAUCCCCCUCCCUGGUUCAGUGUCAUGUCUGACCUGACAAACCAUAGUUACAGCCGCUGCUCUGCCUUCGGAGGGCGCUCCACUGCGGGGCCGAGGAGAUGGAGAAUAAAACAGACAAGCAGGUCUGACCCGUGGUUGGCCUCUGUUAUGUGUGGAAGCUCAAAUCAUUCUUUAGCAUGAUGUCUGAACUGAGCCUGUACCAUCUGAAUGCAAAGUAGCCAGGGUGUCUCAUCACUGAAUCUCUCCAAACAUUGUUUUUUGGGGGGUGCACACCAAAAAUGUAAAAGUAAAGUGUGAAUAUGGCCAACACAUACCUCAUGCUUCACCAGGAGAAGCUUUACCAUCUUUGUCAAAUCAGAUAUACCCAAUUUUGGUGAUUGACUAGAUUUCAGGUUGUAUUUAUUGUUUUGUCACUCCCUUUUGUCUUAGUUGUUCUUUUUAAGAAAUGUACCUUCAGUGGCAGACUUGGGUUUGCUGCUGAGUAGACGGUUCUUCUGAAUGAAGUCCUCCACUCCUGGGAAGUCUCAGCACACACUUGCACAGCAAGAAAAAACAUGUGCUCAGGCUAUUUUUAUUCGUCAGUUUUGUGUCUGAUCCCUAAAGGAAAUUCUCUGGGUUGCAUCUGCAGUUGUUGGACAUUUGCUUUGGCUGAUGCACCUGGUCUGCUCUAGAACUCAGGGGAAUGGUGCUGCUCUUCAGAAUCGUCCUGCAAGAGAAGGUGGUCUUGCUGAGGGAUUGACUCUGACUUUAUUUCAAGCAGAUUGUGAGGGUUUCCUUUCCUUUGGCUGCAUUCCUUCUGGAGCAUAUCCAGUUCCCACUGGGACCAUUCUCCUGCACAAGCCAACCUGAAAUAAAUGAGAGGUGCAAAGAGAACAGUUCUUGCAUAACUCCUGCUCACUUCAGUAAGGCUCAAGGAAGAGAAUGUCUUGAGGGACUGUGCCUGUUAAAUUUAAAUGAGCUCAUCCUGGAAUGCAUGGUUUGAGAACUACAGCCUUUUAAUUUCCCAAAACCCAAGAGAGCGAGAGAGCGCAAAGUUCAUCGGGGGAAGUUGACUAGUUUGGGGUUUGGGGGGUUUUGGGUGGUGGAAGAAAAUUACUUUCCCAGAUAAUCAAGGAGCAGAAAAUGGCGAGAGUCAGCAAUAUUUUAAACCAGCGACCUAUUUCUUCAAGGUUUCAGAAUGUCUGAGCCUCUCCCAAACACUCCACAAGAACAAACAUAAAGCAAGGAGGGUGGAGGGAGAGAAGGGGAGGGAAAUUCUACUUUCAGAACAAACUGACCAGCUUGUUCUUUUUCCUCCUUUCCCUUUAUUAGUUGUUAGGGGACUAUGACAAGGUGAAGGCCGUGUCGGAAGGCAGAGACUGCCAGUGCAAGUGUGUGGUGAGGCCCUUGGGCAGAGGCGCUUGCCAGAGGAUUAACGAAGGAGCUGCCAAACCAGAGGAUUUUUACACGGUGGAAACGAUCACUUCUGGACCGGAAUGCAAAUGUUCGUGUGUAGCCCCACCAUCCGCCCUGAACCCCUGCGAGGGAGACUUCAGGCUGAAGAAACUGCAAGAAGCAGACAGCAAGGACUUCAAGGUAUUUCACACACACACACACUCUGCAACUGUGAUUUCUCAUUCCGAAGCAAUAGGCAGCCUAUUUUUGAAGAGAUAAAUCUGUAGACUCCUGACUUUUUGAAAACGAACAUGAUACCUACAAAUGUACCAGGUUUGAAGGGCAGGGGAGCAGACAGACAACCAUAAAGUGCUAGCGUGUAAAACAGCAGCUCCUCGGAGCAUUCGGCAUGUUCUUAACAAACAGGGCUGAGAAGCCAAUGGUGGUCUGGAUAUUGUUGGACUCCACUUCCCAUCAGCACAUGGCCAGGGGUCAGGGAUGAUGGGAGCUGCAGGCCAACAACAUCGGAAGGAGCACAGGUUUCCCAGCCCUGCCUGAAAGCGGCUCCUUCCUCUGAAGACUUCUGGCCAGCAACUUGCCUCUUUGCUCCUAGAUUCAGGUAGUUGGCUGUGUUGGUCUGACGCAGUCGAAAUAAAUUAAAAAAUGGUCCAGUAGCACCUUAGAGACAAACUAAGUAUGUUCUGAGUAUAAGUUUUCGUGUGCAUGCACACUUGGUAUCUGAAGAAGCUUAACCUGAGUCACCAGUGUGAUGCAGCAGCAAAAAACCCGAAUGCUAUACUAGCCUGCAUCCACAGAAGUCUAGUGUCCAGAUCAAGGGAAGUAAUAGUACCACUCGAUUCUGCCUUGGCCAGACCACACUUGGAAUACUAAGGAGGGCAGGUCAUGGUUGAAGAACAGUUUUCUUCCAUAGAUAGCUAGUUAUGAUUCCUCUCAUUGAAUUCCGUAGGAGCUAAUAUAUAUAUUUAAUGUUGCACUGCUCUAUUGCACCUUUCAGGAACUGUGUCCAGUUUUGGGAACCACAGUUUAAGAAGGAUAUUGACAAGCUGGAAUGUGUGCAGGGAAGGGAGAACAAGAUUAUCAAGGGUCUGGAAACCAAGCCCUGAUGAGGAACAAUUGAGGGAGCUGGGGGUGUUUAGCCUGGAAAAGGAGACUGAGAGGAAAUAUGAUAGCCACCUACUAAUAUCUAAAGGGCUGUCACAUGGAAGAUGGAGCAAGCUUGUUUUCUCCUGCUCUGGAUGGUAGGACUCAAAUCAGUGACUUCAAGUUACAAGAAAGGAGAUUCCAACUAAAUAUUCAGAAAAAAAAUUCUGACAGUAAGAGCUGUUUGGCAGUGGAACAGAUUCCCACGAGAGGUGGUGGACUCUCCUUCCUUGGAGGUUUCUAACCAGAGGCUGGAUGGCCAUCUGUCAGGGAUGCUUUGGCUGGGAUUCCUGCAUUGCAGGGGGUUGGACUAGAUGACCCUUGGGUUCCUUCCAACUUUAUGAUUCUAUGAUCCACACACUUGUAAUUGGGUAACAGUUAUGGGUAACAUAAAUGUGACAGAUUUCAAAGUGUGGAACACUUUGAAUACUCAGAAAGCGCUUUAUAAAUUAUGAGUCGUGUCAAUGAAUAACUGUCUUGCUUAGUUUUUUCUGAAAGUCCAUUUUGCUUUAUGAACAUUCUGCUUUGCCAGCUGGGAAAAGUUUCAGCAAAAGACAACUAAUGAUAUUCAUGCUUUCCCUGUAGCAACGCAUAGGGAAUGCUACUCCUUUUACACUUAUUCUUUGUGGGAAGUGAUCCUGCUGAGGGACGUUGUGUACGUGGCAGUAUGUGGUAGCUGUGGCAGAUCUGUGAUGAGCUGCAGGGGGUGAAGGAAGAGAAGAAUGUUCCUGAAAAAUCAGACUCAUUCUCAGUAUGCACUGCCCUUCCCAGCUGGAAAUAAAACCUAAUUUUGCAAAAACCCAGAACACAAUUCUGGCUUUAGUUUUGCCAAUUUGUGGCAUUCCAAAGCUCUUGCUUUCAAAUUAGUCUCCGUUUUGUGUGUGCAUAUCCCAACAGUUAUAAUUCUGAGAGUGCUGCCUGCUAAAGAUGGGUCUGGUCUUGCAAGAUCAGACCAACAGUCCUCUUUGCAAUGGGAGCCAACCAGAUGUCUUUGGAAAACUUGCAAGGGCAGCAUGAUGGCCGCGACAAGCCCGUGGGGAUUGUGUGUGUGUGUGUGUGUGUGUGUGUUACCGUACACAUCUGGUGCUUGGAGACAUAGAGACAGCCUCUGGCCACAAGGGUUCCACUUGGUUUCCUGCUUUCAUUCCCGCAGUCUGCCUUCCAUUCCCUUGGGGCCUGCAUGCGCUGUCCUCCGAGUGGCUUCCCACACUCAUUUGGGGUUGUCCUUGUGUGGAAAAAGGCACAUACCAGGAAGCCGCCAACUUCAUGCGCUUGUUCUGGUAAUUGUUGUCUUUCCUUAUUUUCUGCUUUACAAGGCUUUUUUUUGGCAGCCCAAAAUGUAACUGGAGACGGUUGUUUUAGGUUUGUUCUCACAACCCUGAAAGACAUGAAACUUGAGCCUCCAGCUAUCUCCUGCCUGGGCAAGUUCAAAUGAACUGUAAUCCGCUUGACUGUCUGACCAGCAACACCUCCUUUGUUCGUUCUCCAAGCAGCAAGGUGGCAUGUAGCUGGCCUUGCACAUGAAUGGGUGACCUCAGCCUAAUGAGGAAUAUUGCAAAGGCUUGGAAGCUGCCACAAUUUGGACCAGGCUUUGCUUGGCGGCAUCCCAAUUCAGGCAGCUGGUGGGAAGUCUUUGUGAGGAUGAGCUUGCUUUUACCCUCUGUAUCUUGGUGGCACAUAAAAGUUUGCUUGCUAGAGCAGACCCAAGCCCAUCAGACCCAGCAUUCGGUUUGCAGCAGCAGCCACCCAGACGCCUCUGGAAGUUCAGAAUCGGGACGCAGAGCAGGGAUGGCCUUCCCCUCUUCUUGGCCCUCAGCACCUGCGUUUCAUGGUUUAUGGCACUGCCUUUGAGCACAAAGGCCCGAUUCAGCUCUCAUUCCAAAUAGCCAUGAAUUCUCUCCAUGAAUGUGUUCAGUCCUUCUUUAAAAAAGGGCAAGCAAUCUUCUGGAAGGGAAUUCAGAAGUUAACUAACAAAUUCUAGCUGGCUGAGUAUCAGAUCAUAUGUUUUGGGAGCAGAGGAUCUCAAGUUCAGUCCCUGAAAUAUCCAGUUAAAGCUAUCUCUGGCCACAGUUUUGGAAAAUAACUUUCCCUGAGUUUUUGGAACUGUUACUACCAGCCUGAGUAGAGUAUUCUGGGACAGAUGGACCAGUGGCUUGACUCCAUAAGGCAGCUUCACAUGUUCAGAUUCAUGUUAACCUAUUGGCAGCUGUGAGACGGGUGGUUGUAUUGUGCCUGAGAGCAUCAUCCUCAAGCUUGCCUCCACCGCUCAUGGCCCCCUUCUGUGAAGUUUCUAGGGAACUGCUGCCAGAUUCCUUGUCAUCCAGGAACGGUGUCAUGUUCCAUACAGCUAAUUCAUAAAGUUCCCUGAAGAGGGUUAUGCAAACAUGCUUGGCUCUAGAACGCAAGCUGGGAAUGCUCAGAACUAGGGCAUCCAGAACCUUCUUGUGCCAAGCAUAAUUUGAAGCAAUUCAUCAUCUCACAUUUGUUUAACAACUUCUUCUUUUUGGAUUGGGCUUAGAUUAAAAGAUACCAUUUACCGUAGUGUCAUUUUUUGAAAAACAACAACUGCUAUUACAGGGUCAGUUCCAAUUUAAUAUUUUCCAUCAGAACAGUGAAUUUCUUAUAGUUGCACACAUGUGGAAGAGGAAUAAAAGUACCGAUGGUUGCAAUCUGGAUACCGAUAGAGAGAAAGUGAGAAAUUUCAAAGAACACUUCACUGUAGCGUUAAUUUUGGGGUGAAACUACCCAUGGCCUUGUCUGGAAUAAAAUAUUACUACAAUACAGAAGGUAGGAACAGACUAUGAGGACAGGAGAAAACAGAAGCCAGGCAGCUGUAAAUGGAGUAAAUUCUCCUGAACAAAAUUCGGUAUCAAAAUGUGUAAAGGUUUCCAUCAAGAGUGCACACUUUCUGCUUUACUGAUUUAGCAUAAUUAUAGAUCAUGCAGUUAGUAAAGUAGUAGAAAAGUAGUAGAGAAAAUUAAUGAGAAGGAAAUAAUUGGACCUAGAAACAAACAAGUAUAAAACUAAGAUAUUGGGGAAGAAUGAAAAACAAAAUACCCUGGUGUAAUGAAUGUGUUAGUUUCUGCUUUCGUUCACUGUGCAGCUCUGCUUGUCACGAGACAGGUGUUUACAUUCCACAGUCUGUACUGUUGGAGUUUCUCACGGGAAAGGGAGGCUGGAUGUGACGUACACUGGUUUCCUGUUUUUCACUGUGUGAUUCUCUCCGAGCUGUCGAGGAGAGAGGAUGCAUUUACUGCUCCGGCAGAGGCAAGAUGUCUUUCUGUAAUAUACCAGCUUUGAACUGUAAAUAAAGCAAUAUAGAGUAUGCAGCACGUAUUCCUCAUCCUUCCGCUGGCCACGAGACUCUGCUUUAAAUCAACACGUGGUUAUGGGCUACAGAAGUCGAAUCGGAGUGCCGGCAAAGGAUCGGAAUGCAGAGGGACGGAUCGGAAAGGAAUCUGCUCUGCGCGUAGAAGUGAUUGAUGAGGUAUGUGCUACUGCUCCGGGCAGCCUGCCAGCUUCUAGUUAAUGGCUUUAUGGCUGGACUUUGAACUUUUAAAGCCGGUUUUGCCGGGAAUAGGCAAAAGGCUCCCAGGCACAAGUCACUAUGCUGGGGAAAUCGAAAGUAACUUUUAAGUGCGCCUUUGUAAUAAGGCAGCUGCAGCAGUGACGCAGCAAGAUUUAAAGCAGCAUAUGACGCUGAAGGCUAAUGCCAGAGUCAUGAUGGCCCUUCAGGAUGCUUGUGGGAUUCCUAAGCUCAACAAGAAAAAUUACAGCGACUGGGUUCAGUAUGCAGAGGCAAUUCUGCGGAAAGAGGGUUUGUUUGAGGUGAUUACAGGAACCCCCAGUUCCAGUUACAGAUGCAUGGGAAGCUAAGGAUUCCAAAGCAAGGGAACUCUUACAUUGAUAGUAUCCCCAGAAGAGCUCUGUCUAUUGCGUGAUAAGACCUCAGCCAGAGAAAUUUGGGACGCUUUGAGAGAGGCUCACUUAAGGACAGAAGCUGGAUCCACUAUGUUUUACUUUAACAAGCUGCAUAAUAUGGCUCUUGCUGAAGGUGGAGAUGUGCGUUUACAUCUGAUGGAGAUGCAAAAUCUGAGACAUGAGCUGCAACAGAGAGGACUCAACUUUCCAGAGGCUGUGUAUUCUUUCAUGAUACUACAAUCUUUGGGUUCAGGUUGGGAGUCUGUUGCAACCCAGAUUGCUGUGCAACCAACUGCUCAGCUGACAGUGGACUUUGUUACUGCCGUGAUUUUAAAUGAAGCAGAUCGCCGGGGUGCUAGCUGCAUGGGCAAGGGGAGUCUUCACAGACGUCAUCCCAUAGUGCAGUGGAACCACCAGAUGGCGCCAAAGCUUUGAAGGCAGUGAAAUGCUACUCGUGUGGACGUCUAGGCCAUAUGAAGAGGGAAUGCAGACAUCCCAGGGCCAAGACAGAGCAGCGCAGCGAAAGCUCAUCGCGCGGAAAAGGCCGAGGCAAAGGCAAAGGUCCGGUGUCUAGGACAACGCAGCACAAGGCUAUGGUUUCACGCUUCACUCCAAAGGUUGCAGAGGUCCAGAAAACGUCUAGAUCUUUCUUCGUUAUCGAUUCAGCGGCCACCCACCACAUGUGCAACGAUAAGAGACUGUUUGUGUCUUUUACACCGCAGGAAGGUGCGAUUCACCAGGCGGAUGACCACACUAUUCCCAGUAAAGGCUACGGAACUGUUGUUCUUCACAGUUUGGACUUAUCGAUACAGAAUGUGCUUUACGUGCCAGACGCCAAACAUAAUCUGCUCAGCGUUGGACAGCUGAAUGAGCGGAACAUUGACGUUUCCUUCAAGAACAAGAAGUGCAUCAUCACAAAGAAAAAUGAUUAUGUAUUGCAUGCAGAAUAUGUUGAUCAUUUGUUUUGUAUUAUGAUGAUGUGGUGCAGGAUGACACUUGUUGCAUUGCAGGUUCUAACAAAAGUUUGCAUGCAGAAUGUAUUCACGAUUUUCAUCGAAAAUUUGGUCAUUUGCAUUUUGAGGCAGUAUCUAAAAUGCCUGCCUUGGUUGAAGGUAUGACUAUUAAACCCUGCAGGUACCACAUGAAGUGCAAAGCAUGCGCAGCAAACAAGGUGAAAAUGGCUGCGAAAGGUAAGGUGUCUAGUAGGAAAGCUACAGAACCAUACCAGGUUGUUCAUGCUGAUUUGGUUGGACCACUAGCGCCCUCUUUGGGUGGAAAUAGAUACUUCAUGGUUCUCAUUGAUGCAUUUUCUAGAUAUAUUUUUGUGUACAAUCUCAAGCAGAAAUCGGAGGCUUUUCCUAGGUUCAAGGAAUUCUGUGCUUGGUUGGAAAAUGUGCAUGGUAAGAAGAUAAAGACUCUUUUCAGUGAUCGCGGGGAAUUCACUUCUCAGCAGUUUGAAGCUUUUCUGACUGAGAAAGGAAUUCAACACGAUUUGUCUAGUCCUCGCUCGCCAUGGCAGAAUGGACUUGCGGAACGGGCAAAUCAGACAUUGCUUCAAGGGUUAAAGACCUUGCUGCAUGAUGCCAAUCUUCCAGAGAGUUAUUGGGCCGAAUCUCUCUCGUGUUUUGUUUACAGUUACAAUCGCAGGUUAUCUUCAGCGAUUGGUUGUACCCCCCUAUGAGAAGAUGUUUGGCAAGAAGCCAUACAUCAAACACAUGAAGAUUUUUGGUUCUGACAUGUGGGUUCGCUCACCACAAAACUCCAAGUUAGACAAGCGUGGAUUGCAUGGUAUCUUUCUAGGUUAUCAGAAAGGGUCUUACAGAAUAAUGAUGACUGACUCUAAGACAAUAAAGCUCACGAGAAGUGUUGAGUACAAUGCAAAGUGGGGGGAGAAUGUGGGAAUUUUCCAAUGUUAUCCUGAUGACUGUUUUGAGACUGAGUAUAGUCAAGCAACCACAACAACCCACACCCACUGAUGAAGGUUCUGAGUCUGAAUCUGAAACUGAAUCGGGUGAUUCAGAGGAUUUCGAGAGUGCGAAAGCCUCUAUGCGACCCUCUGAAAGCUCUGAUCAAGAAUUAGAGGAACCAUUGUUCACAAUAGGUCGUUUUUCUCCUAAGAAGGAAGAGGAGAGUGUUGAAGACUUAAGGCUAAUUCGUAGGUCACAGAGAGCCACAAAAGCAAACCUCCAAAGAGAUUUGCUGAUGAGUUUGCUACGAUAGCAGUAACAGCUGUUAAAAGCUCCAAGAAGGUAUUUGAACCUUCAAGUUUCCAAGAAAUCCAGGGUUUGGAUUCAAAGGAAGCUGAGCCAUGGUUAAAUGCCAUGAAGGCUGAGCUUGAUUCCUUAGAAAGGAACAAAACAUGGGAGCUAGUUCCAGUAGUUCCAGGAAUGAAACUGCUUGGAAGCAAAUGGGUCUUCAAAGCGAAGACAGAUCAAAAUGGCAAGAUAGUCAGACACAAAGCCAGAUUGGUAGCCAGAGGUUUUGCACAGGUACCAGGUCAAGACUAUCACGAGACCUAUUCACCCACAGUGAGAUAUGAAAGCAUUAGGCUUAUGCUCAAGCUAGCUGCAGAGGAAAAUCUACACAUUAGUCACCAUGAUAUUAAUACAGCUUUUCUGUACGGAUCUCUAGAUGAAUCACUUUAUAUGCUUCCACCUGAUGGCGUACAGGUAAAACAGGGAUUUGUUUGUGCUCUGAAGAAAUCCCUUUAUGGUCUCAAACAAAGUGCACGGUGUUGGCAUACAAAACUCACUGAAGUAUUGUUUUCUCUAGGUUUUCAGCAAGGGAAAGCUGAUCCAUGUGUAUUUGUCAAAGAGGAGGGGCAAAAGAAACUGUACUGUUUGUUUUAUGUUGAUGAUUUAUUAUUCUUUUGGAAAGAUGUCGCAAUGUACAAUAACGCCCUAGCUCAACUGAAAGAGCACUUUGACAUGAAAGAUCUUGGUGAGGUAAACAACUACCUAUCUCUGGAAAUAGAGAGAGAUCAAGAUGGUAACAUUCUAGUACACCAGUCACGGAAAAUUGCUGAUGUGUUAAGCAAACUAAAUCUGAUGGAUGCUAACCCUGUAGACACACCGAUGACAACAGGUUAUCAGGUAGAUGACACUGAAGAAGCAUUUUCUGACACUACACUGUACAGGAGUGUGCUAGGCAAGCUAAACUUCAUUGCCAGAUGUUCAAGACCAGACAUUGCUGUUAGCUGUAAUUUGCUAAGCAGACAAGUCAACAAUCCUAGUGUCAAGGAUUGAAAGCUCUGAAACGCAUAGCGCGGUAUUUGAAAGGCACUAUGCAUUACAGACUGAGAUUUAACAAUCAGAAGUCUGGUGGUCUUGAGAUAUUUGCAGAUGCAAGUUUUGGAAGUGACGCUACAGACAGGAAAAGUACGUCUGGAGUUUGCUACAUGUACAAUCAGGGUCUUUUUGAUUGGUCAUGCAAGAAGCAAACAACAGUUAGCUUAAGUACUUGUGAAGCCAAACUGAAUGCACUGUCUUAUUCACUUAAGGAUUGUGAAUGGUUAGUACAAUUGUGCAAAGAUAUGAAAAUUCCUGUCAAAUGUCCAAUCCAGGUUUACCAGGACAACAAAGCAUGUUUGGCUUUGCUGAAGUCUGAAGGUUGUAAGCAAAGCACAAAGCACUUGCAAUUAAAAUUGCAGCAUGCUAGGGAAUGUAUUCAGAAGGGACUCGUAACGGUGUCCUAUAUGCCAGGUAAUGAAAUUCCUGCUGAUGUAUUGUCCAAGAUUGUAUCGAGGGAUCAACACUGUACCUAUGUGCAGAAGUUGGGUUUGUACUGAUAUUGUGCAAACACGCUGCCCAGUGAUGUUCACAGAAUGGGGAGGAUGUUGGUUUCUGCUUUCGUUCACUGUGCAGCUCUGCUUGUCACGAGACAGGUGUUUACAUUCCACAGUCUGUACUGUUGGAGUUUCUCACGGGAAAGGGAGGCUGGAUGUGACGUACACUGGUUUCCUGUUUUUCACUGUGUGAUUCUCUCCGAGCUGUCGAGGAGAGAGGAUGCAUUUACUGCUCCGGCAGAGGCAAGAUGUCUUUCUGUAAUAUACCAGCUUUGAACUGUAAAUAAAGCAAUAUAGAGUAUGCAGCACGUAUUCCUCAUCCUUCCGCUGGCCACGAGACUCUGCUUUAAAUCAACAGAAUGAUAUUAAACGAGGGCAGAUUGAGCAAUUAUAAGAAUUUAAAUUCCUGGGAAGCAUUAUUUCAACACAGGCCUCUGGACAGUUUGAAAAAGCUAUGAAUUGAUUUGAUAAACACAAUCAAAUAACAUCAGCCACAUAAAAGGGUAGAUCAGAAACGUAAAGUAGCAAGGGUAUAUAUCUUUUAGUUUUAAAAAUUACAGAAUUAUUUAUGUAAUUACAAUUUGUAUUUCUUUCAGCAAGAUAUAAGUGGAGACUAUUGUUCUGCUGUUGUUGAUGCCAAAUGCCCUUGAAGAGUGACUCUUAGGUGCGCGUUUCAAAGACCACAAAUGAACAUUUUCUUUCUCAGUGACUUCCUUUUGAUUUGCUAAGCAUUUGAUACAGCCAGUCAUGUUACAGAGAAACCCAAGUUCUGGGUUUGAUCAUGUUUUGAGGGUGAAGCUAAAGUAGUGAACUUGCUGUCUUUCGUGCUCUCAGAAUAAGCUACCAGGCUCCUAAAAGGGCUCCUGACCUUGGCUGUUUUCCAUUUAAUUUAGAAUGUAAGCUUCUUAUGACCUGAACCUUGUCUUUUUUGCUUAUGAAGCUCUGAAAAUUGUCAAGUACACUGGUGACACUAUAGGCAUGAUGAUUAUGAAAAAAACCUUUUUGCAUAUAUUCUUGGGGUACCACUAUGUAUGGACAUUAAUAUUUCCAUUUCAGAACCAAUAAACUUUGGUCCUUUCCCAACCGAGACCCUAUAGCGCAACACACACACACCUGCCAAAUAAUGCUGUUGAGGACUAUGAAAUAAAUGUGAUAUUCUUUCUCUUGUGUCUUUCAGUGUACAAAACAGUCUUCAUAACAGGGCUAUAGGGGAGGUUUAGCUGAGAGAUAGUUAACUUGCCUAUUGAGCUUCACGGCUGAGCUGUUCAAAGGGUUCAUCCAAAGAGCACACAAAUUGUGUUACUUUCAGGCAAGCAAAUAUGAGGGGAGACAGUGACAUAACUGUUCCAUGAUUAUGUGUUUUCAGCUGGCAGCUGUCAUCGAUCUACUAGAAGGCGCUUUCUAUGGCUUAGACUUGCUCAAGCUGCACUCGGUCACAACGAAGCUGGUUGGCCGAGUGGAGAAACUGGAAGAGGUAAGAUGGCUGCCCUAGACAACAUUAUGACAGCCCCAAGAAGCUGCUAAGUUGCAGAUCAAUAUUCUACUGUGGGCAGCUUGACCCACAAUACUGAGUCCCACAACAGUUUUGGGAAUAGUCUGUUGUGAAAUGAGAUUUUGUAGGCACCCAGCAUUUCCAUCCCUUUCCUCUAGCCCUCUUGCUUGACAUGCAGAAAUAAUACAAGCCCAUCACUUCAUGCCAAUAUAAAUUUUGCCUGUCUAACUUGUCUGUGGAAUGCUUUAGAGCAGGGCCGUCUUUAGGAUAUGCAGCGCUGGGGUGCACAAAACUGCCCAGCGCCCCCAAUUUUGGGGGGGCGGGAGGCCAAAGUUGUUGAGCUUUUUUAGGGGGCAGCUCAGAGUUGUUGAGCUUUUGGGGGGCCUGCAACUCUCUCCCAUGCUGCUGUGGGUGGAGGGAGGAGAGCAAUCCCUGCAGAGACUUGGGAGGGAAGCUACGCCCCUUGUGGGAGCAGCGUGCAUGUGAUGGGUGGGCCUCUUGACAGCCUGCCAAUCCCAGGCGUGCAGGAGGAUGGAGCUGGCCGGCUGCCUCAGUGCUUGCAGCAGAAAAGCUCCGACAGGCUCUGCUCCACUCAGCUGUCGGCUGGCCUGGCUUUUCAAUCCCCGGACUCCACAUCUUGGCCCCGGACUCUCGGCCUGGUGCCCCUGAGAGCUGGGCACCCGGGUGCCCUGCGCCCCUAGCACCUAUGGUUAUGCUGGCCCUGCUUUAGAGGCAAAGGAGCUUGAGCCGGGAGAAAUGGUGGCAGUCCUACUUAUCUACAACCAGUUGCAUAAAUAUAUGCCCUCUGUCUGCAGAAAAGGUGCCAUUAUUCCACUUUAACUCUUUAAAGGAUCUUGGGGACUGCAGUUUGUUAAGCGUGCCCACACGGGCGGCUCUGGUUCAGGCUCUGGCUGUGGCGCGGGCGGCCCAGGCUUGGCAGCAGCAGAGCAGCUAUCAGGCAAUUGCCCCAGGAAAGCUCAACAACGUUUUGAGGCUCAGGCCUCAGUUACCCUUGGUUUGAUAACGUGGGUGCUAACAAUAUGCAGGAGAGCUUCUGUUUUCAUCUGGGAAAUGCUAGGUUGUGUGUGGUGGCACCAACUUGCACCAGCUGCAUCAUGGGGACAGUUCAAGUUAAUUGUAAACACACCAGAGAAGCAAAGAAUCCUUGAAAUCUUUUCCAUGUGCCCUCUUGGAAACAAGGGGUAGCCACUGUCGAUGUGGGCCUGGCUGGGGGCGGGUGGCAGAAGAGUGGGGAGGCCCAUUAUUUUCAGCUGUCUCUCUGGGAGUUUGGUUACCACUUAUUGACCUAGAAAGACUCCCUUGUUCCUGUAAUAGCUGUGAGUUCCUGCCUCCCCCACCUGCUCCGCAGCUGCUUGUCAUGGGCGUCCUCUGUGGGGCAUAGCCUGGCCUGGGAGCCGUGGAGCCUACAAAGUAUAUUUUGCUAUUGAUCUACAGGAGUCAUUGUUCAGGCACAAGGUACUAACUAUUUCUGUUGGUUUCUGUCCUGCUCCAUCCCAAAGAUUCUGAGAAGCAUUCACACAUAUUCAGUGCAUUUAAUUGUAUUUAAAAGGGUGGUGGAUGGGGUUAAGGCCCUUCCUGGAGGAUAUGUAUGUGAGUGCAAUGUUUUGUUGUCUCUUCUUCCUCUGGCUGUUGACUGGUCUGGCUUUCAGGCCCGUUCAGGGAAAUUGGCCAAGGAAGGCAGGGCUGGAAUGGGGGCGGGGGGGGGGGAGCUCCUGGCAGCAAUCAUUGGUCCUCUAACACUUUUUAAUCCCACAAACUGUAGGCUAAUGUGUAGAACUCUGCUCUCUGUGUUAAUGACGUUCUUUCUUUCCCUGUGCUCGUUCUAGGAAUUGUCUAGCAAUCUCACCAAGGAACACAAAGAGAAGAGACCAAAUGCAGACAAAAUUUGGCAGGAGAUGGAUCUUAAAGGCAAGACAAAUUCUUCUGACAGCAUCUCUAACAACCUUGCUGACAUCCAGAGUUCACUGCAGAGGGAUGCUGCCGCCGCCUACACUCUCACUGAGGUGAUUUCAGAUUUCUGCAAGCUCCUCCUUGAGGGCCAGGAACUUUGCAUUUCCAUUCCCCACCCCUCCCCAAAAUCAGUGAAACCAGGAUUCUGUUAGAUUCUGCCUGCUACCAGAUUUAAGUUUAAAGCAGGGACAACAAUCACUUUUCGUGACUCAAGUAGUCUUUAAAAUAUUGACUAAAAGACUGCCUGCUUCCACGAAAGGGUAGCAGUUCAUUUACUCUGUGUUUCUUGUUUUCUGGUUAUGAUAGGUUAGGGUGGGGCAACUGUGACCCUCCAACACUCAUAAUCUCCAAACAGCAUGGCCAGUGGUCAGGGAGGAUGGGACUUGCGCUCCAACAACAUCCCUGAUCUCAAAUGGUGAAGGUUAUUGGUUAAACACUGGCUCUUUCAACUGUGUCCAAAAAUACACAGGAACAUUUAUAUUACUACAUGUGGGCGCUAUCUCUUUCACAUUUCAGUAUUUUAAAAACCUUAUCCAAAUGAAUGUAGCCAUAUUUUCCUAUCUGAUGGAGAUGUUUGAUAAACUUGUAUCUUUUACAUUAAUGGAUAGAUAUGUUUCAUUUUGAAGUCUGUUGACAGGAUUGAUUGACUGAGGUGGGAAACCUAGGGUAACUGAGAAGAUGUUCUUCCCCAUAACUCAUGCCAGCUGUGAUCUUCAUUGUAGUAGAGUUCAGCAUCAAGUAGAGUUUCUGAGAAGUAUUCAAAAGCAGUCCCAUAUACAGCACAUUGCAGUUCUUGUCCCUGGGUGUUACUAGGGCAUGAAUGACCACUGUCCAAGCUACCUUUGUCCAGGAGGUGAUCAUGGUUAGCACAUCAGUCUAAGCUGGUGGAAAGUGCUUUGUGACACUGAUGCCAUUUGAGCAUCCAGAAUUAUGUCCCAAACAAACAACAUCUCUGGACUGCAAACCUGUUCCUUUAACAGAGGAUGCAGCCCCUCCAAGACAGAACUCCACCUGCUUGGUCAGAUGGAUAAUUACUGACAAACACUCCCUCUUUGUCCUCUGGCCACACUUUAAUAUGUUGUUUGGUUUCUCAAAAGGAAAAAUACGAAGAGGUUUUCCUGCAUGAUGAAAUGGCUUCUCAGCAAAUCAGUUCUGCAGAGUCUUUGCGCUAUGCGCCCCCAGCUCCAAAGGCAAAGUCAAGUUUGCCAAGAAAACUCCAUGUGAGGAGCCGGACUCCAGCCCAGCCCACCAUCAUCCGAGGAGUCACUUACUAUAAGGCCAAAGAUCCUGAGACAGAAAAAGACCUCGAUGAACGUGAGUUGUCGUUUCGGGACUGGGAAGGUUGUAGAAGGGCACUUUCAGAAUUCUGGAUCUCAGGGAAAUGCUGGCAGGCAGCUUGCGACACUUGCCAUCACUUUAAUUCUAUUUACAGUGCUUUGAAUAGUAUAUGGGGGGGGGAUAGCAGGUGAAAUUUUAGUCUCUUGAUUAGAUGGUUUUUUAAAAAGGGCUAAUGGGGAAAUGGGAGCAGAGAAAUGGGGAUGUGAGCCUGAAGCAAUAGGAAAUUCAAAAUGGUUGGAAAACUUGAAUCUUGGAAACAGAAGCAGUUACUCCAAACUGAAGGUAUGUAGAAAGGCCUCAGCUGUGGCCUUUUAAGGCCAGGAAGGAGAAUUUCGCGACGACUCCCUCCCCACAUGGCACAUGGGAUUUCCUUUCUAUUGCUGUGGCACAGAGAACGUUAUAUGUGGUGUGUACGUGUUUUCAGGACAGCUUUUAUUUUUAUGAUUGAGUGAAAUUUGAUCAGAAACAGGAUAUAGGGUUUAGGAAUCAGCGAGGCGUUUUAUCUCCUGUGGCUCAUUACUCAUUGAGCAGGUGAGGGGGUGCUUGUUGGCUCUCCCUUUCAUGGUGUGCAGUUGAAGGCACCGGGGGCUCUUUUGCUCUGCAAGUCACUUUCUGUAAGGCACCUGUCCUCUGCCACAAGUAGAUGUUCCUGUCUCCAAGCAGGAGAGAUGGAUGAACUAGAUGGCCUCUGAAAUUCCUCCCAAAGCCCAUUUAUAUUGUAAUUAUUUUGAUAAUAUUUCAAAAAACAGCAACAGGGAUGUAGGCUUCUAUGUUCCUAUCAGUAGCUGGAUGGGAGGUUGUGCAUGUAAGAAAGUUCUAUGUAUGUCCUGCUUCACCAGCUAGCGCUUCAUGGGCCCAGGAAACAAAGGGGGAAUCUUGCCAGUCAGCUGUUCAGGAGGAGGAACAGGGAACCUGCAUUCUGGUUCGGUUGCUCUUCCUUUCCUUCCCGCAUCAAACUGCUGAUCUUCUGAUUCCAUUUUCUUUUACAGUGUGCAGUCCACUGGACUGGGGUCAGAAUCAGCAGAGUCAUUUUGGACAUUUAAUAUUAACAUGGAACCUGAUUCUCAGCUUUUAAGCUCCUAAGAACUGAGUUGCACAUUUCUUUCUUUUGAGGUUAACAUUUAAGAUGUUUUAAAGAUGAGGCAAUUGUAAGAGAAUGUUUUGGCUUGUACACCCGGUGGGCCUGCUGAGAGAAACAAGGGAAUUGCCUCCUGUUGUUCAUCUAAGGAUACCCAGUUAGGCCAGAGUUCACCGUGUGUUCCUGGUACUGACCCAGUUCCCCCAGCAUGGUAAACCGUAGUUAGAAGUUAAUCAUGAUUGUGCCUUUCUGAGCUGUUUGUCUCCUCCUCCUCGUGCACAGAGGAACAUUUGGACCUGUUUUAUACUGAGUCAGCCCAGUAGUUUAUUUAGUUUAGUAUUGUCCACUCUACACUGACUGGCAGAGGCUCUCCAGGGUUUCAGAGAUGAAAUCUUUUCCAGCCGUACCUGGAGGUGCCAGAGAGUCAACCUGGGGCCUUCUGCGUGCGAAGCAGUUGCUCUGCUAUUGAGCUACAACCAUUCCCAAACAAACCAGGACCCCUGACUUACUGGCAUGUCCAAAUCAAUGAUUGCGGUUUGUUUCUCUCUCUACAAACCACAGUCUGUAAGUCAGGAACAAACUAUCCUGUCUGUGGGUGGUGGGUUUUUUGGUCACAAAGCAAACCGAAAUCCCUGGCUUAGAUGUGGCAUUAAGCCAGUGGUUGUAGUGUGUAGUAUUGCAGGCAGAAGGCAAGCAGACCAGAAAGGUGCAAUCAUUUUAAACCAUUUCCAUCCACACCAUGUUCAGGAGGGAAGGGUGAACCCCACUUCUUGUUCUGUGUCUCCAGCAGACGAUGAGCAUUUCAGUGGUGAGAGCCCUAUUGAUAUGCUGAUUGAAGACCAGCUAUUGCAACACAGCUACCUGCCAAAUAUUCCCAUGAGGAAGCAGCUGUCUGUGGAAAAGCCUCUUAUUCACCAAAGCAUCAGGCUCAUCAAGCAGCAUGCUGCAAGCCUCACAUCUGCUGGAAAAGAAGCAUCUGCAACCAGUGCUGCAACAACCAAGCUACCCCUGUCCUCUGCCAUCGUGCCUCCCUCCGUUGAGCCAACACCAGUGUCUACCUCAUCGGAUCUCCCUACAGCCAGCAGCCAUUUUGCAAUGACUCUGGAGCCCACAGCAGCCACUGGAGUCUCCUCAGUGACUGGCUUGGUGGAUGAAGGCGCCACAUGGGCAACGAAAACAGCAGCUCAAACUGCCACACAGGCUUCCACGGUUGUGGCAACCCGGAAUGCUUUUGACACAAAGCCCCCCAUGGCCAAAGCAGCCACCACAAAUUUCCACACACAGGCAACAGCCCAGCCGACUUCAGCUGUCACAACCAAAGCGGUGCCCCCUGCAGCCCCUGCCAGGCCCAGCCUCACCGUCACACCCACACAGGGCCUGGACGAGGAAGAUAUCCGAAACAGCAUUGGUAAGCUUGUGUCCACAUUGAUAUUGCUUUAAUCCAGACUUGUGAACCAGGGUGUUGGUGGAGCUCUGUUUCUCACCCGUGAGGCAUUUGACAGACUGUAAUAUUGUUCCCUCCAAAACAAAACUUGGCUGGUCAAGUUUGGAAGAGAAAUGGAGCCACCUCAACAUUAGGUAAGCAAGCUCCACAUAUUUAGGGGAUUCCCUAAGAAUGCAAAAGCAUUUUCUUUUGUAAAUUUAGAAGAAGAACAAAAAUGGUCUAAAAAGGACCUGUGAGUUUUCAGGACCUACCAAACGUUGACAACAGUUAAGCUAUGGAAUACUGAAGGUGACAGUUGAAGAGAACUGGAGUGGGAUUGAUCUGAUUAAUCCUCUGAUGGUGCCCUUUAGGUGGAGAUUAGGUUUGGGGAGAUGUUUUCAAGGAAAGAAGUAUCUCUUUCCACAGAUACUGAUGCACCAGAAAGAUGUGUAUGGAAACACCAGGCUUGUCUACCUAGCCUGGAGUAACAUUGAGUAAAACAAUUGGACUCUAAGUGGAAAUAAAAGAACUAGUAUUAGGUGAGGCAAUAUAGCACUGUAGCUCAGUGGCUGAGCAUAUCCCUAGAAUCUCCCAUUGGAUCAGGUUGUAGAUGCUGGGAAAGAUGAUGCCCUUCUGCCAGCCAAGGUAGACAAGGCUAGUCUAGAUAGACAAAUAGUCUGACCAGAUGUAAGGCAGCUUCUGAAGUUUCGCAAUAGUCAUCUAAACUGCCCGUGUCUGAUGCUUAUUAGAACUACAGACUUCAGGCACAGAAAAGCAGAAAAGCACAACACUCACACCCGCUGCUCAGCCACAUGGAAUCAGGCGCCAGAGAAGCAGCUCUCGCAUGCCUGUGACAGCAGAAAGGCUACGCUUAUAAAGACACAGAGAUGGGUGGCAGGAGAUGGUUGGUAAAGCAAACUGAUGUAGGGCAAUGGCAGGCCAUUUUCCGUUUUGUUUUCCAAAAGGAGCUUGUGCAACUGAAGUGAAAUAUAGCAAAUUCUGUCAGGAAAGCAAUCAAAUCACUUAAAUCUGAAGCUAAAGUGGCAUUGCUUUUCUGCAGAUUGAUGGAUUCUCUCCCCUUCUGUGUGUGCACACGCACGCGUGCAUAUGUGAGUGAGAGAGAGCGCACCAAACACUACAUUAUAUGAGGAAAACUAAAUACUGUGAAUUGACCAGAAGCAGAAUAAGGAACAGAAAUUGCAAAAUGAUAGAAUGCGUGCAAGUAUUUCCUGUUGAUUCCUUUGCCAUUGAUCUGCAGGGGACUCUUAGAAUUUGACUCACUCUGAGGAGAAUUAUCUGGUGCCUCGCCUUGCUGGACCAGGGUCUGUUAUCUGCUUUACAGACAAUGUUAAGUUCUUGAGUUUUGUGGGCUGCAUUGGUUACUGGCAAGCUAUGAGCCUGUCCAGAAAUUUUUUUGUAUAUGGCACAUCCUCUGUGCCAACCCUGCCAUGUUUAUUAAUAUUAUUGAUUUAUUCAUCCAUGUAUUCCACAACAUUUAUAUACUGCUUGGGUAACCCUGUCUUGAAGUAACCAGGGCAUGGGCUGCUGUGGCCAGGCCCUCCCAGCCCAGGAAUGAUCAGAGCUGUCCUAUCAGGUGCAGUUGGUAAAAGGCACUCCUAGCUACAGACCUAGGCCUCCAGUGACAAGCCUGGAUCCAGAAGAAACCCCAGAUUGUGAACCUGCUUGUGUAACCCCCUUCACAGUAGGCAAUUGACCAAUUUCUCUGCCAUAGGAACUACUCACCCACAGUGCCUCCAUCUUGCCGGGAUUCAGGCUCAGCCUGAAUUCAGCUGUUAUAGAGAAAUAGAGCUGAGUGUCAGCGUACUGAGGGCACCUGGCCCCCAAGCUCCUACUGCCUGCUCCCUGCAGCUUCAAAGAGAUACAGGCAGCUCCCCAUUUGCAUGGGGGUUGCGCUCCACAUCAUCACACACAUCAGUGGGGCGCACAUAAGCCCACCCCUGUUCCGGGGCCAGAAAAGGCGCAUGUUUCAGCGGCCACACAUGCCUUGAAUGCGCACUAAAUGGGAGUUGCCUGUAUAAAAUAGCAGAUAAGCUGCUGCCCUGCAGUACCCCAUAGCAUACCCACCAGGGAGCAGAAAAGCUCCUUCCCGGUGCUACUCUCUAGUUUUUGUCCCAUAGGUAGGGCCAGAACCACUGUAACACAGUGCCCCCAAUAACUGAUCAAUAAGGUAUUAAUAACUGGAUAAUAAGGUAUGUAAUAAGUAGAUGAAUAGCUUGCUUUGUUGCUGCUGGCUCUGUCUUUCAGCUAGUAAUCACUUUAAUUCACUGGCCAAUUUCCAUACUUUUGUGUGCCAUGUUAAAGGGAAAGGCGAUGGGGGGGGGGAGUGGCAAGCGGAGAGAGAAGCCCUUGCCUCUCCUUCUCCACUGCAAAUCCAGCUCCACUUCCCAACAGCUCAACAGCUAUGCCCACCCUCACCUGCCCACUUGUAAGGUUGAGGCAAAGGUUGCUGAGAUAAUUGCCGUAUUUGAAACACUAUGAACGCUUCAAAUGUGCUACACACGCAGUGCAAGGUGUUGUUGUGAUUGUCGUUAUUUGCUGCUCUGUUUUAUUAACAGGCCAGUGCAAGGACACCUUGUCUACUGUCUCUGGGCCCAUGACCCAGAACACGUAUGGGCGGAAUGAAGGGGCUUGGAUGAAGGACCCCCUUGCCAAGGACGAGCGAAUCUAUGUCACCAACUAUUACUAUGGCAACACCCUGGUCGAGUUUCGGAACCUGGACAGCUUCAAGCAAGGUCUGCCUUGUGCUGUGUGAUAAGAUGCCUGAGAGAGAAAGAGAGAGGCUGAGUGUUAGUGGUGGAUCCUGGAUGGAUUCAGAGCAGAGCCAAGGCACACUGUUGAAUCGCGCCAGAGUAGGGCCAUUGAGGAGUCUGGUGGGAUGGAGAUGGGUAGCGUUGAUUCAGCAGUUUGAGGCUAGUGUGGGCAUAGAAGCAUGAAGUCUUUGAAGCUAGUGAACUGCAGAUCAGAAAAUUAAGGGGACCCAAAAUAUUCUAUCCAGCACAGGUUGCAGUAUCCAGCACACUUAUGCCCAGAAAAACCGCUCCUUCAUCCGUUUGGUGUGAUACAAAAUACCACUAGACACUACAGCUGAAACAAAUACUUGAAAUCUUCCAAACUUGUUGUCCACUGUCAAAUAUUAAAUGCCAUUACAUAACAUCUGUAAGAUAUUCUUAAUACCGGCUAAAACACCACCACUUGUCAAAUAAUGAAAUCAAAUAACUUAGAUCAGCCGUGUAAUCUCAGGCCGUGGGGGGGAUGUGGGGUGCACCCCCAAGGGGUGCAGUGCAUGGAGGGAGCCUCCUGCAGCUGGCCUUGCAAGGCGCACCCAGAGCACACGCACCGCAGCCCCUCCAUCCCCUGGGAUAGAGCUGGUGCAGCCAGGCGCCUCUCUUCGCCCCGGGUCAAGCAUGACCAAGGGACGGCGCUGCGGCUGGGCUUGUACACAUUACUGCUCACUCCCCCCUCUCCACCCCUAGGUCAGGCUUGACCUCGGUAUGGAGUUGCAGCUGGUGGGGUUGGGCGCGAGGAAGCUGCCUGUCCCUGCAGCUCGUUCGUGCGCUGGAGCCAGGCUCCAAUGAAGGAGCCUGUUGUGGGGUGCCUGGUUGCACCCCCUUCAAAAAAGUGUGCCUGGGGCCACGGCCCAUUCAUGCUACGGCACUGACUGAGGUACCUCAAUAUGUCAAAUAUUAGAAUAUUCAGAGAAAAACUACUGAAUAUUCAACGUUAAUAUUCACAGAGGAGGAUCUUGGGAAAUAAAUUAGUUUCAGGCCUAGUUAGAGUAGAGGGAGGUGUCAGUGGCAGGUCGCCAGCUUUGCCUGACUUGAGGGGAUGUGGUUGAGGAGGUGUUGCCUGGGAGAGUCCGAAGAGCCACAUUGAGAAGCAGUUGAACUCCCACUGCAGGCCUGAGGUUCCCCACCACUGUCUUACACUGACCAGCUGGUACCGCACUACAUGCACCAAUAGCCUGAUUGGGUAUAAAGCAGUUUGUUGGACUCCUUUUUGAGCCUCCAUAGGAAACAGGUGAACCAAUGAAAUUAAAAUCAAGGGUGGUAAGAGCUGUUAGGCAGUGGGAUGAUCUCCCUUGGGAGGUGGUGGACUCUCCUUCCUUGGAGGUUUUUAAGCAGAGGUUGGAUGGCCACCUGUCAGGGAUGCUUUAGUUGAGAUUCCUUCAUUUCAGGGGGUUACACUAGAUGACCCUUUCCCUUCCAACCCUACAGUUCUCUGUUUCUGUGAUCUCUGCCCCUUAGGUCGAUGGAGUAACUCAUACAAGCUGCCAUACAGUUGGAUGGGGACAGGCCAUGCGGUCUUUAAUGGCUCUCUCUACUAUAACCGGGCCUUUACUCGCAACCUCAUCAAGUACGACUUGAAGCAGCGUUAUGUGGCUGCCUGGGCCAUGUUGGAAGAUGUGGCCUAUGACGAGGAGACACCUUGGCGGUGGCGUGGCCACUCUGAUGUGGAUUUUGCAGUGGAUGAGAAUGGCCUGUGGAUCAUUUACCCAGCCAUUAAUUACGAAGGCUUUAGCCAGGAGGUGAUUGUCCUCAGCAAACUUAACGCCAAUGAUCUGAGCACUCGCAAGGAGACCACCUGGCGGACAGGCCUGCGCAAAAACUUCUAUGGCAACUCCUUUGUCAUCUGCGGUGUCCUCUACGCCAUUGACAGCUACAACAAGAAGAAUGCUAACAUCUCUUAUGCAUUUGACACGCACACCAACACCCAGAUCAUCCCCCGCCUGCUCUUUGAGAACGAGUACUCUUACACCACUCAGAUAGACUACAACCCCAAGGACCGGCUCCUCUAUGCUUGGGACAAUGGCCACCAGGUCACGUACAAAGUCAUCUUUGCUUACUGAGGACACAGUGAGAUCAUGUUUAAAGGCCACUAGCACCUUUUUUUUAAUAAAUAUUUUUUUAUUGUACAAAUCAGAGUAAAUAAGGUUUUUUGAAAAAAAACUUUUUUUUUUUUUAAAAAAAGAGUGGAUUGUAGAUCAGUCCACAUCCUAAGCCAACCCUUUUAUUUUGGACAUAAUCCUGCUUUUGUUUUUAUACUGAAUGUGCUGCCUCCUAUGAAACAAUGGAAAAUAUUGUUCAUCAGCACCCUCUAAGUGCAGACUCUCAAAUAAUGAAUAAUAAGGCAAAGGGAUGCUUUUCUAACAGAAGACUCACACUUUGGAUAAGAACAGGGCCCCCGCCCCCAUUUUUUAUAAUAAAACAUCAAUGUUAAAAACUCAGUAAAACCAGAGUCCUGCUCACAUUUCCUUCUCUCAUUGUAUUUGUCUAGUCGCAUUGUAUACUCUGGGCCAUAGACCCUGUAACUCUUGUCGCUCCUGCCCCAGUUGCUGUCUUUUGAACCCUGGGCUGGGAAAGAUGUUGCUAGAUUCUAACUUCCCUCAUCGCUGGCCACUUGCCAUCUGUGGUGGAGCUGAUGGGAGUUGGGAGUUCAACAAGAUAUGGAGGGCCACAGGUUCUUCCCCUGCUUUACCCACAGGAGUCUGUAUGGGACAAUUCAGGCUGAAUUCCUAAACAUACUUGCUAGGAAAUGAGCCCCAUUGAACAUAGCAGAACUCCCCCCUGAGCUAACCUGUACAAGAGCAGACUUGCAAGAAAACAAUUUGACUCCUGUGCUGGAGAAAACUUGAAGGAGACGAGUGCAGGCCAUCCCUUCGUUGUUUGCUCCUUGUACUGGGUAGAACUCCUUCCAAACAGGCUUUAUUCAGCUGCUAGCUCUGUUAGACAACUAUCCCCUUAUCCCAUGGUAGCUUAUAGAGCGGGACUUUGUCAAAAGCUUUUUGAAACUCCAGAUGUAUACUGCCUACUGGAUCCCUUCUUUGUAUGUAUGUAUGUUUGUGUGUGUUGACAUUUUAAGAACUAAUAAAUAAAAUAAAUUGCUGAAGCAAGACUUA